AACAGUGUGUGUGUGUCUCUCUCGCGCCUUAGGCUGUAACCCGCGUCACAUAUAUAAUGUUUUACACUAGUGAUUCUUGUCGAAUAUUUUGUGAUUAAUGUUACCGGGAUUAUUUAUUUAUUCAAAGUGUGUAUAGAAGUGGAAAGACAAUUUCGUUUACAAUCCUAAAACUGGUAAUCCGAGGGUGAAAUAUUUGAGAGGGUCGGCCAUGGUAGGAAAACUGGCGCCCGUCUUCAAGAAGUUGGAGGGGAAGGAAGAUGAGGAGGAGGAAGGAAGAGGAAGCAAGGAAGGCACAAGACACGAUGAGAUGAUUUACCACCCUACCAAAACCUACGGAGCCGACGACAAGCCGUUCAUGGUAGAUAUGAAAGAGAUGAGUGGCUACGAGAAGAACCUCUAUCUCUACUCGGAGGAGAUGGCAGAUCGACCACGAGUGUCUAUGAUGAUCAACUCGCUGGCCAACUACAAUGCCACUAUUCCCUCGGCCGAAGAGAGCGACGCUAAGGCUUCUCAACCCCGGGCCAAGUUGGGCACGGUGAUGGGGGUAUUCUUGCCCUGCAUCCAGAAUAUCUUCGGCGUCAUCCUCUUCAUUCGUAUGCCCUGGAUUGUGGGCACGGCGGGUGGAGCGCUCGCGUUCACUAUCGUAUUAAUGUGUUGUUGUACGACCUUCUUAACUGGGAUUUCCAUGUCUGCCAUCGCGACCAAUGGCGUGGUGCCGGCUGGUGGCUCCUACUUCAUGAUCUCUCGCUCACUGGGGCCGGAGUUCGGUGGCGCUGUUGGCAUACUCUUUUACACAGCAACUACCGUCGCGGCUGCCAUGUACAUCAUUGGUGCUGUCGAAAUAUUUUUGACAUACAUGGCUCCAAUGCUGUCUAUAUUUGGGGACUUCACUAAAGACCCGAGCAUCAUGUACAACAAUUUCCGCGUGUACGGCACCGUCCUCCUGUGGCUGAUGUGUGUCAUUGUCAGCAUCGGAGUGGCCUUCGUCAGUAAAUUUGCCGCUCUGGCGCUGGCCUGUGUCAUCGGCUCCAUUGUUGCCAUCCUCGUUGGCAUCUUUUAUAACAUCAAUGGAUCGGAUAAGUUACAGAUGUGUUUUUUAGGCGCUAGAUUGCUUAGCCAAGUUGAUAAUUGUACCAAAGAAAUUGGUGGAGACCUGUGGAAUAUUUACUGUCCAAUGGAGAACAAUACUGUUACUCUCAACAUUUCCGAGUGUGAUCCCUACUUCCAAACUCACAAUGUGUCCAUCCGGCCGGCUAUUUUGGGGCUCUCAUCUGGCGUCUUUACUUCUAAUUUGGGUUCUCACUUCAUGGAGGAUGGGCAGAUUGUGGCAGACACGAAUAACCCUGAUGACUAUGAAUCUUUAAACAACCCAACCUACAAUCAAAUUAUUAUUGACAUUACGACCUCCUUCACUGUGCUAGUUGGAAUCUUUUUCCCGUCGUGCACAGGAAUUAUGGCCGGGAGCAACAGAUCUGGAGAUUUAGCCGAUGCACAAAAGAGCAUUCCCGUAGGAACACUGGCUGCGAUUGUUGCAACGUCCACUGUGUAUUUGAGUUAUUUGCUCCUCUUUGCUGGAACAUAUGAUGUUAAUCUAAUGAGAGAUAAAUUUGGUUAUAGUGUAGGGGGAAAACUGGCUAUUGCAUCAAUUUCCUGGCCAAAUGAAUGGGUGAUCCUAGUUGGGUCCCUGCUGUCUACUAUUGGAGCUGGACUUCAAUCACUCACAGGAGCUCCAAGAUUGAUGCAAGCCAUUAGUAAAGAUGGCAUCAUUCCAUUUUUGUUGCCAUUUGCCAAAUCAUCAGCUCGGGGAGAGCCUCUCAGGGCACUGCUGCUUACAGGCUGUAUUUGUCAACUCGGUAUCUUGAUAGGUAACUUGGAUUACAUUGCUCCCAUCCUGUCGAUGUUCUUCCUCAUGUGCUAUGGGUUUGUCAACCUCGCCUGUGCAUUACAAACUCUGUUACGUACUCCUAACUGGCGGCCAAGAUUUAAGUACUAUCACUGGUCUCUAUCCUUUGUGGGUCUCUCACUGUGCAUCACGGUAAUGUUCAUGACCUCGUGGUAUUACGCUUUACUAGCUAUGCUAAUUGCUGGUAUUAUCUAUAAAUACAUCGAAUUCCGUGGGGCAGAAAAAGAAUGGGGAGAUGGCAUCAGAGGUCUUGCUCUCUCCGCUGCACGCUAUUCCCUCCUGAGGUUGGAAGAAGGUCCACCUCACACCAAAAACUGGCGUCCUCAGAUUCUCAUUCUGGCAAAGUUAACAAAGGACUUGGUGCCCAAAUACAAGAAGCUAUUUACAUUUGCCUCACAACUAAAGGCUGGCAAGGGUCUAACUAUAGGUGUGUCUAUUAUUGAAGGAGAGUAUUCAAAAAGCUAUGGAGAGUCGCAUGCUGCCAAGCAAAGCUUGCGUCGUGCCAUGAAUGAAGAGAAAGUGAAAGGCUUUGUUGACACGUUGAUUGCAAAGAACAUAACAGAAGGCAUUAGUCACAUCAUUCAGACUUGUGGUUUAGGUGGCAUGAAGCCCAAUACGGUUAUUUUGGGAUGGCCCUACGGAUGGCGGCACUCGCCAGAUGAGCGAUCUUGGAGAGUUUUCCUUGACACCGUUCGUAAUGUGUCCGCGGCAAAAAUGGCUCUUCUUGUCCCUAAAGGAAUCAAUUUCUACCCAGACUCUAUGUCAAAGGUAUCUGGCACAAUUGAUAUCUGGUGGAUUGUCCAUGACGGAGGGCUCCUGAUGCUGCUUCCCUUCCUCCUCCGCCAACACAAGGUAUGGAAGAACUGUAAAAUGCGCAUCUUCACUGUUGCUCAGUUGGAAGAUAACAGCAUUCAAAUGAAGAAGGAUCUCAAGACAUUCCUGUACCACCUGCGUAUUGAUGCUGAAGUGGACGUAGUCGAACUGAUGGACAGUGAUAUUCAGACCUACACUUACGAGAGAACACUGAUGAUGGAGCAGAGAACGCAGAUGCUAAAGGAACUGCGUCUCAACCGCAAGGAAAAACUCAAUAUUGAAGGUCUGUACCAGGUUUUAGGCUUGCGAAGGUUUGCCGAGAACCGGGGCCAGGAUCUGAUUCUCACACAAGCAGAGGGAGGAAGGGAAUCAAAGAGCAACCUAAAUCAAAGGAAAAUUCCCAGAAAUUUACGGGUUCAAGCAAUUGUUGACCACCAUCACCCGACCGGUGAGCACUCGGCCAGCAAGGUGCGCUUCAAGGAGGAUGAGCCCGCCCUCGACUCUGAUGCAGAGGCAGAGAUGAGUGGAGCAUCUGAAGACACUGAGAAGAAGACCAGUAAAAAUGAAAGUUUUAAGAAACUUCUUACAAUCAAGCCAGACGAGGCAAAUGUACGACGCAUGCACACUGCUGUAAAGUUGAACGAAGUCAUUGUGAACAAGUCUCAUAAUGCGCAGCUUGUUAUUAUUAAUUUGCCUGGACCACCUAAGACUUCAAGACCAGAAUCAGAGAGUAACUACAUGGAAUUUUUGGAAGUUUUAACAGAAGGAUUGGAGAGAGUAUUGAUGGUGAGAGGUGGAGGCCGGGAGGUCAUUACCAUCUAUUCAUGAGUCAGUAUUUAUUAUAUAUAUAUAAUAGUUAUUUUGUGUGUGGUGUCCAGCAUAUUCACAGGAGACUGGGAUACCGAAAGAAGGUUUACAAUGUCCAUAUCCAUUUAUAAAAUUGAGGUUAAAGGUUUGGUGAUGAAUGAUAAGUACAUAAUUUCCAAUCUCUCCUUUGUCUCCAAAGCAAUUUACACUACUAUAGCUGGUAAUUCUUCGUGAAGACUAGGCAGCAAUUAGUAAUGUAUUGAAUACUAAGAGUGAAAAUUUAUGGCAGCAAAUGCUCUUAUGGUAAUGAGUUAGAAUAAUAAUUGUGGUGUAUUUGUGUGGUUUUUGUAGCCUGAGUCAUGGAAUGAGGCAGCGGUGAGAUGAAUGACUCUUCCUCUGGACGUCGCUGUGUUUACUAAUGUUAAGGAGACCCCAGAGGAAUGAUAGCUUUGAUUUAAUAUUAGUAUGAAAGAACAGAAGAUUUAUAUGAGGUGCUUAGAUUUUAUAAAGAUACAUGCAGUGGAAUUUAACAAUUUUAACCUGAUUAGUAUAAUAGAAUUGAUGUAAGUUAUAUUUUAUGUUUAUUAAGUUUUAUUCCUUUUUAUUUGUAUUACCGGUAACUGUUAAACAAUGGUGUCUAAAGAUUGCCACACACAAUACUCAAUAUGUUUACAAAGUUACAAGAAUUAUCAACACUGUCAUGGCCAUUUAUGCUUAACCCAUUUAAAAUUUUAUACAAAGAAACUUGCACAUGUUUUCUGCUCGGACUUUAUACAACACUUUUUUUCUAAAUGUUGAUUCACUUGACGUUGAGGUGUCGGUGAGAUGACUCAAAAUUUACACUUUCUGUUGCUUAUUUAGAAUUUAAUAUUUUUAUAAUAAUAGUUUUUAAGAUUUGAAAUUUCUUGGUAAUGAAUGGCUCUUGUGGUAAUAUUUAAGGCAAAUCUUGCAAUGUACUGUUAAUUUACACUGGCAAAUAGCAGCAUUUUCGGUGAUAAUUCCUUGUGUCUAGGAAUACAAAACAAUUACCCAUUUCAGUACUUUAAAAGUUACAUUAUGUUGUUUAAAUUAUUUAAUAUUGAAUUGUAGUGCCAAGAGGUUUAUCAGUGAUCUUACUGAAACUAAGCUGCCUGUGUUCACCUAGCAGUAAACAGGUACCGUACCUGGAAGUUGGUUGACUGAUGUGGCUCCAAUCCUGGCCAAUGGUCACUCAUUGGCAAAGGGGACCUUAGCAAGCCUAAAAGGAUUCCUGUCCCUCAGAAUGGUAAAUAUCUUGUAAGACAAAAAAUUAAACUACAGAAGUAGUUAAUUCCAUUACUACAGAGAGCAGAAUGAGAAGUAAAGUAACCAACCUGGAGCUCACCACAGCAAUGAUCAUAACUCGUCUCACUGCACAUGUUAAGCUAAUGCACUGCCCUAGUUCAAAUAAUAUUUGACAAAUUAGGAUUUUUCUGGGUAGGUGUCCUCAGUAUGUGCGAAACACUGGCCAUAAUUACUGUACAGGAUUUACGUAAUAUACAAAUACUGUACUGUACUUGCCGAGUAAUCACUAGUCUCAUCUUCUGUACUUUUAUAAAUAAAAUAUUAUUACAGGAUUAUUUUUAUUAUUAUGAAAAUUAUUUGGAACAAUGCAGUGACUUGAACCAGCAUUCUAAUGACUCCUGAUGCUUGCCUUAACCAAAUCAGUCAUGGUAGGACAAAAGGCAAGUGUUUGAAGUCGCUAGAAUACUGGUUCAACUAACUGCAUUGCUCCAAAUAAUUUUCUCAUCGAUAUAUAAUACCAUUAUGAUUUCUUUGUAUUAUUAUUGUUAUUAUUAUUAUUAUUAUUAUAGUAGUUCUGCAAGAUAACAAGAAGUCCAACCUGCCUUGAGGAGAUGCACCAGGCCUCUGAGACCAAUUCUUGCCUACCGGGUGUUUUUCCUUGGGUAAGUGUCAGCUGGUUUUUUCAUAUUUCUAUUUCCACUUUAGUGGAAUUAUUUCUUUGGGGCUUUUCCUUUGCUGUAGUCAAUAUUGCUCUAUUUGCCCCAUGAUGUGGCAGCUGUAUCUCCUGGUUCCCAAAUUGCCUUUGGCACUGAUUGUGGCAGACUACAAGGGUCACACCUGCUUACUGGAGGUGCUCGGUUUCUGUGCAGUACAUGAGAGCUGAGUAGUCACAGGUUGAUCUUUGAUCCUCGUCUUUUGAUUCCUUGACUGUGUUGUCUGCUCCUUCAGCCAAAAAUGAAGUUCCUAAACUGUUUGUGCCACUCGUACAGAAUGCAGUGACAAGACUUCUUUCUCUGCAGUCAUAUAUUUUGGCUUAAAUUUUUAGAUUUUUUUUUUUUCCAGGAUUCUGCUUGGUUGCUCUCCCUCAUGUUCACUAUCCUGAUCUCUUCCCUCCUCUUUCCAUUGGGAAGGUUUUACUGGUUUUGGCACCAAUUUUUGGCUGUUCCAGUACCCGUUUUUUUUCUUUUUAAUUAUUUUUUGGGUAGGAGUUCGUGUGCCUCUCUUCACCUCACUUCAGAGUUUCUCCCUCAGUAGAUGACUCCUUUUUCAAGGCAACUUGUUUUCUGACUUUGGCUUCUGGCGCUUUGGUUCAGGAGCUUCACAUUCUUCACAGGAAGUGUUUUUUUCUUUUGGUUUGUUAAUUAAUGGUUUUCUUUGCCUCCAGCCUUCUCUUGUCAGUUUUGGCUAAGGCUAAGACUUCUGCUUCCUGGAAGGGUUCCUUAAUCAUUGACACUUGGGUUUGUAUGGAUGAGGUACAUCAUAUUUGUCCUGUAGCAACACUGCUGUGCACUUCAGGUUGAGGCUGUGUUUGUGUGUCUCGCAUCCCGUGUUCCAAAACCUGGCUCUCAGAUCACCCAUAUAGUGAUUGCCUCAGCCUUCCAGCGGUGUAUCCUCACUCAUGAUAUUCAGAAGUUUGCUGCUGUGACGUCGUUUUAUGCAAAUACUCUAUGUCCAUGGUUAAUGUUCAGACUUGGGGCUUUUUGCACUGGAAUUGGUGGCCUUGUGCUAUUUAUUGGGUACCCUCUGACCUCACCACACUUGCUAAGUGCACAGGUGCAACCCACCAAGUGAUGUCUUGCUCUAUGCCUUUUUUCUUUUGUCCUCUUCUACAGGUAAAUCCUGGCUGCAUUUUUCUGAUUACUGAUUAAUUCUUAGUUAAAAAUGCAAGCCUCCUGUACUGAGGCACCAUGCCAAGUUAGCUUGGGAAGUAUGAUCUCCCAGAAAUUCAGCACUACCAGUAGAUGUAAUGAGUUUCUGAUGAUGCUCUUUAAUUGCUCCCCACCCCAAUCCUAUUCCUUUUUCCAUCGAAAGAUGAAGGUAUGUUUGGGCUGCUUGUUAGGGAGUAUGCUAGCAGGGACCACAGGUGUUCUGGGUUGGUGGUGGUCAAGCGAACAUGGUUGGGGUGUUUACAUCGCAGCAAUGAUGGUUUGCCGCAUUAUAUUCGGGACCUCAUUUUUUCAAGUAGUUUUUUGUUUUGUAGCACAUAUAUUUUCUAGAGGAUAUUUUUCCACGUUUAGGGUGGAUCUCUGAUCCCCAAGAUCCCCUUGCCUCAGAGAGUGCCAGAUUCUGGUCCUGACUCCUGGACAAAGGUGGGCCUUGGAGGCCUGUUGUCUCUCCCUAAGGCAUGACAGGACCAGCACUCAGCUUUGAGAGCUACUGAGGACCACACCAGAAAAAGGGCAUUUCAAUGCACUUAUUACAUGAUUUUUUUUUUAGUAAUGGGAAUAACCACAACAAUUUUUUUUAACUUUAUAAUACAUUAUUGAUGUUGUGAGCUUACAGUAAUUGAAAAUGUGAUUACUGUAAACUAUACAAAUAUUUUACAUUUUGUCAUUCACAAGCUGGAGAAAGCCCAAGGACCUUGAGUUACUCAGGAAUUGACACUAGUCACAGACAAGUGCAGAGAGACAACUGGACACGAGUGAAAACUAAAUACUGUACUUGAAACAGAUACUGGGAUGUUAAAAUUAGGUACUUUAAUGUUAGAAUGAACUAGCAAGUAAGCCAUCGUUCAUACACAUAUUCAAAUGUACUAUAUAUGCAACACAAAAGUGUAGAGGAACCUGUACACCAGACAGUUGAAGGCUAAGGUUUCAAAAACUUUGCUAGAGCUGAAGAUCAACCCAUGCAAGCACAGUUUGAAGAGUAUGUAGAUACAAAUAGUGUACACAUACACAUAGUUGCAUAGGGUCCAUAUCUCAAGGAGCAUCAAUAAACUCAAAAAAGUGCAAAGGCACACGAGGAAAUGGCUUCCAGAGCUGAAAAACAAGAAUUACGAGGAGAGGCUAGAGGUGUUUAAAUACGCCAAAGCUAGAAGAUAAAAGAAAGAGGUGAUAUGAUCACUACAUACAAAACAGUAACAGGAAUUUACAAAAUUGAAAAGUGUGGUAUACAGUUGGAACAAGUUAGGUGAGGCAGUGGUGGACACCGAAAUUAUCAGUACAGUAGUUUCAAUGUCUCGUAUGACAAAAAGUGCUGGGAAAUAGGGACGUCACGAGUGUAGCUGUCAUCCUGUAAUUAAACUUGGAUAAUUACACACACACACACACACACAUUAUUAAUUCAUGUCAGAACUUCACGGUACUGUAAUCAAAUAAAUUUUUGUCCACUUGCUUUGGUAUAGUUAAGAGACAAGAGAUACACCAAAACUAGUCCACAGGAGAAAAAGAGGUGAUGUGAUCACCAAAUAAAAUAUUAUAGUAAUAGACAAAAUUUAUAGAGAAGACCUUUUUAAAUCUGCAACACUGAGAACCAAAGUUCAGAAAAAAAAGUGCAGUAAAUACUCUUUACAAAUUAGUAGAUGAAUAAAAUAAACUUAAGAGUAUAACGUAUGCAUAAAACCAUUAGAAAUUUAAAAUGUCAUAUGACUGAUUUUAGGGAAGAUGGGUCACCAUGAGUUUAGUUCCCGUACUGUAAAUGGACUUAAUUCAUUCUUGGAAAGUAGCUAUUAAAGAUGGUCAUUCCCUCCUAUGCACAAAAAAAAAAGGACCAAAAAUAUUUUUUCAUUGUAGAAUUAUUAAUUUGUAUGUAAAAUUUAAGCAAAAAAACAAAAUAUGAAGAUGUACCCCAUUACUGGGUGGAGGUGGUGUGAAAUGUUGUGUAGUGUCCAUGUGGUCGGGCACCUGUCAACACACCAUGCUGACUGGUGACAUAAAGCUAGGCGAGACGACUCGUAUCUUCUCCUUGGAUAGUUCAGUGAGUGUUUAUCACCUCUAUUUAUUUACAAGAGUGUGUGUGUUGACUAACUUGAUAAUUAACAAAAACUACAGUUGAGAACAUUUCUAAUUUAUAAGCUAGAAAUAUUUUAUAAUUAUACGUACAUUAUUUAUAAUGUUCCAGUUCUGUUUUAUACUUCAGUAUUUUUUCAACACAUGGUAGCCUCUGCAACACUCCCCAGCACACAGACCCACUCCACACACCACGUACGCACGAGUUUUCUAUUUGGUGGCGUCAGUGUGUGCCUGUACACUGCGUGACACUAUAGAGCCUAAUUGGUACAAUAUGGACUAAAACAAAGGCAUAACACACCCCAUGUGUAACCUACAUACGAUGUAAGGUACUUAGUACAUGUAACACUUGAUAUUAUUUCAAUUCAUAAUAUAUAUGUGGAUGUUGGGCUCUGAGCGAUGACGUAGGGCCUAAUUGGCACCAUAUGGACAACAUUAUUGAUUGAAACAAAGGCAUAAGGUACCGAUGUGCCACCCACAGAUGAUGGCAGGCUCUUUGUACAUGUAAUACACGAUAAUAAUUCAACUGAUGAUUGCUUUACCUGGUAUACUUCAUUAAAACCAUAAGGAGUUAUGAAAACUAUAUGAACAGCAUUGGUAUACAUAUAAUGUAAUUAUGAUGGAAUUUUAUACAAUGACAAUUAACACAUUCGCAUAUAAUAGUGGUAACCACAUUCACAUAGUAACGUAACCAUAAAAUGAUGGCAGGAGUUUUUUAUGGGUCAAGGUAAACUCUAUUACAUCUACAUAGCUAUUAUAUCCUUAUUUGCAUAACUGUAAAACCCAGACAAUAAUACAGUAGUUUAAAUCAACAUAUAAUAAAACCCCAAUUACCCUGUACAUCAAUGCAUGACAAUAACUACAGUACCCAGUACUCUUAAGAAAAUGUGUAUUGGGUGAGAAAGUAGUGAGAACAUAACACCGUGAAAUGUGGGUGGAGAGGAAGCCAUGGAGGCAAACUCCAUACACAAGUUCAAAUGUAAGUACUGUACAAUAGGACUAAUAGGGUAAGAGACAUACCAUGCUAAAUAAUGCACUGAAUGACUCUCCUGGUCCCAAUGCUUGACCCUAAAACAAUACCCCAUUAAACCCCCUCACACUAAAGCUGUCUCGAUUCAAAAUUUUUAAUGAAAAUGAUAAUGUGGGAAAUGAGUCAUUGCAUUACUUCUAAGAAUGCUUGGAAGGCUGGACUAGGACCUGUGCUUGUCCCUACAUGAGCAUAUCUCUCUCACUCACUCAUGAUAGAUAAAUCAGCACAUACACGCAAACACAUGUUGAGUUGGCUAUGUCAUACAAAAGCCAACCAUGUUAUUUACAUUUCAAGAAAUAAUAAAACUCUGACAAAUAAACUACAGCAAUAACAGGAAAUGCAGGAGAUUACCAGAACCCCAACUAUAUAGAGCCAAAAGUCUCAUAAUCUUAAUCAGCUUAAAGUAAUAUUUGUUAAAGAGUUGAUCUUAAGGAUAUCUGGGUUAAUAAAUAAUAAUUACUGUAAAAAGGAGACUAACAUGAGAAAGAAAUAUAUUAAUGCUUCCAAAUAUAUCUGAGCAGUUAUUCGAGGAGUGGCCAGCACCAGGUGAAAUAUUCGUGACUAAUACUCGAGUAAAUGUGAAUAUCGUAAAUACACUUGAGCCAGUUAUCCUUUAAAUUUUAAAUUUCAAAGACAAACAUUGUAAUACAAUACAGAAGAUAGUACAACUUUAUAUUAUGUUUGUAUUGAUUUGUGCAUGGUGUUUUGAACACCAGAUUUUUUGUUUUAGAAGAUUUUCUAUAUACUGUUAUGAAAGACUUGUUAAAGCUCAUGGAGUCUAUUUUCAGUGGUGAUGACUUUGGUAACAUCAAAGAAAAUGUACGAGAAAAAUUCAUUAUGGCUAUUUAGAGCAAUGUUAGACUAGCACUUCAAUUCACAGACACUUGCAUAGUGUAAUUUAUAUUAUUUUUAGUGCAUAAUUUCAAAUUCCAGUUAGUGACUCAUCAUUCAACACCAAAGCACUUGAUGUGUGUGUUACCAGCAGAAGCUUAACCAAUACUGUACUGUAUAUUUAUAUUCAAAUAAAGAUAUAAACAAAUCAGCACACUUUUCAGGUACUGUCACAGGUAAAGCUAUUUCCACACAUUAAGAUCAUAAAUAAUAGUACUUUGAGGUAUAUUGACUGGUAGCCGUGUGCCUGGGUGUGGACUCGAGCAUAAUACAACUUAACAUGCCACCAGACCCACCACUUGACACGACUGCGCGCGCACACACUCACGCACGCAACCUUUGCAAUGAAAUAAUGUUUCCUAUUAUUAUUGAAGGUAACUCCUGUCAUGAAUAAACAGCUUACAUGGUUACAAGCAGAACCACGGUAAGGUCUUGUUCUAUUUUCCAAAAUAUAACUGAAUUAAACAAAGUAUUAACUUCUUGAGCAAUAGUAUAAUUUGGUAUGCUGCAAGUCAGCAGUGCAGGGUCAGUAGUAAGUCUCAAAAGAAGGAACCAGUGCAGGUACUAAUAUGAAUUAGGGUUACUGUACAUUAAUUGAAAUCUUGAAGAUUUAAUCCUUUGUUUUUACAGUCAAUAAAUUUUAAUUGGUUGUAAUGAAAUUCCAGAUGUUUGCAUUUAACAAGUAAUAAUCCCGGGACAAAAUGUACUGUGCACAUUUCGUCACCUUAUGGUCCUGUAAAAACCGGUUCUCACAUUCCGACACGAAAAUAACGGCAUCAGUCCUUGAUCUUUAUAAUUUUAGAACAUGUCACUUAAUUUUAAAGAUAAAAUAAUAUACUGUACUGGUGAAGGCUAGCUGUUACAGGCCAGUGUUUGCUGAUAGUGUAAGUGACAAGCUGGUGAGCCAUGAAAAACACUAUUGUCUUCUAUUUUAUUUUAUCUUUUUUUUUUAAGUGACCCAGUUGGCUACAAUUUUAACAUAUGAUACAAAUAAUUUUUUUUUUAAUCAUUGUAACUAAAUGAUCUCAAAAUAAAUUUGAGCCAGCAUUCAUAAAACUGAUGAGCAAAUUCUGUCAGAAAUUUUCAUAUGCAGAUUUCACAUGCAAAUUUAACAAUGCCUCAUGUUUAAAUAUGUUCAUAAGUUGUAAAUAGUAUCAUAAAUUUAUUUAAUUAUUAUUUUAAGGAUCACUUUGUGAAUGAGCUUCCAUCCCAGUGACAGUCAAAAACAUUUUGCUCAUUAUUUCUCACUUAAGUGUGUGGAAUAUAUAUUAAUGUUGGUCAUAGAGGUUUAUCAUCAGGUGUUUGUUUUUAUAUUAAAUAACCAUAAUGGCAUCAUUAUGAGUUUGAGGUUGUGCUGGUGUAGUUUGGUUACAGUGUGAAGAACUCUCUUCCCAGAGUGUUACUAGAACUUCUGGUAUUCCUAAUAAAUACUGUAGUUUGUCAUGUGAAAUUUUUUUUAAUUUUUUAGCUUCUUGAGGUAUGAAAGGUUUUAUGGGACUUUCAUGGAAGAGAAACAAGUAGUGCAACACUACUUUUUGUGAAUAAAUGGACAAUCAGGCUUCACCAUUAUUUUAGUUUUAUAUUUGAACUCCAUAGGUAAUGUCUUGCUUAGUAAUUGUUUCGUAGAAGAUCCAGGGAUGUGUCUCAAGUUAUGUCAACUUUUUUUUUCUCUCGCUAAAAUCUUUUGUAUUGUAUUUGUACAAGUAGGUCUACUUUGUUUUAUUUUUAUAUAGUGGUGAGCCAUGUUAUAGGACACCAAUCAAGGCUCAAUAUUUGUGAUGUUACAUUGUUGGUUUUCUUGCUAACUUUUUAAACAGUUUAAAAGACGUAAUUAUUGGGUACACUUCCCUGGAUAGUAUGAAGUAAUAGCCAUGGGCACAUGUUUUAUUAUCUGCACUACUGAUGCGAUCAUGUAAUGUAACUUAGUGAUAAUCUAAUGCACAAUUUACUACAACGUGCUUCCUAUAAUUUAUCUGCCUACAAUACCAGUACAGUAUAUAAGAUGCAUACUGUUGUUUGACUAAUAUAUAAAGGUAAUAAAUCCCAUGCCUGUGGCAACAAUAACUUUCUUGUAAAUGUACAAUGCUGUCCAUAGAUAACUGUUGGAAACUUUUUGAAGACUACUAUUUGUUGUUAGUACAAGUUAAAUUACAAGAAUAUGAAUUAACUUUUAAUGAUGAGGUUUAGGAGUGAGUGAGGAAUGGAGUAGAAUAUGGUUAGUUAAAGUUGAAUCUUCAACUGGCUCAACUGUAGUCUUUACAAACUCCAGAAAAGAAUUUGUACUAUUUUUAGGUACAGUUUAGUAUAAACUUGACCUUAUGUUUAAUUGGAAUAAUGAAUAAAAGAGAAAAUACAGUACUCAAAUAGAAUCUUUAUUAGAUAUGAAUUUGAAUGUUAGAAUCUAGCAGAUUGCACAUGUGAACUCUUGAACUCUAAUUUUUUCUCUUUUAAUCCUAUUGAUCAUAUCUAUCUGUAUCUUUGAUGAGUUUAGUGUUAAAUUUUUUUUUACUGUAUAUAUAUAUAUUUCCGACAUUAAUUACUAUGCCUUAGGGAAGCAAAGAGUUUCACGAGAAUGUAUCUUGCCCUUUACCUAGAGAUAUUGGUCGGAUUAUCCUGUAUUUUGUAAGAGAAUCGGUGCCACAGCUUAAUACUUACAUUGCCCUCAUGCCAGUUACUGAAGUGUCAGGUUUAAGUCCUUAUGGACAUGUAAUUGGUUUAUUCCAGGUCUUUGUGGAUGUAUACAUUGCUACAGUGCUUGUGUUUAUCACAAUGUUUAAUAUUUGUACAGAAAGGCUCUUCAAUCACAGACAAUUUAUGGUAAGCCUGUUCUUAUAUAUUUCUUUAAUUCAGUAAAACCCUACAAAUUCACAAUUGAUGAAAAAAUCUUAUCCCUUACAAUUUAAAUAAAAAUUAGGUUAAUAGAACAUUGUAGUUAUAUUCUGCAGUACUGUAUAUUUCUUUACUAGAAAAAUUUUGUGGGGAGCCAAUUUUGAAACAAAGUGUGCAUCUUGACGUAAUCAAGUCUCACACACACUGACAGUCAACCUUGAGGUUGCAGGUUCCAUCAUGUGUUGAGGCGAGCCUUUGUCUCAACCAUCUCACCACUUGGACCUUCAUGCUGUCAAAGCCAUCCCCACUCUUCCCUGUAUUACUUGCAAGUAUACCUUUCCAAAAUUUUCUGCUGCUGCUGUUUUAUAUAUAAUUUGAGCUGCAGCUAUUUUUAAAUUAUCGUUAAGUACUAUUAAUUCAUUUUUAUUGUUAAUUUUGCAUUAAAGAAUUCAUAAUUUUACUGAAUAUAUCCAACAUUUAAAGUGAGCUAAAAAUUAAAGAUAAAUAAUUUUGUUGGGUUGUACAAGUUGGUUCAAUUUAAAGUUACUUAUUUAACUUGAGCUGCUAAUACUGUAUUUUGCAAAUACUCAGUUUUCUAAAUGAAUAACAUCCACCAAGCAACAGGUGGGCAGUGCCAACUAUAUUAUCCUGAUUUUUUCAUUGCCUAGGUAAUUUUUCAUUGCUGAUGUUGUGGCAACAACUUCACACGAGACCCAUGGCAGUGUUUUAUAUAUCUUCUUCAUGUAGUUCUGUAUGAGUAAUCUGAGUGACACAAUCAUCAAAACAAUUUAGUGUUAAAAGAGCCUUCCCUUGUCCGAUAGCGUUGAUAACGCCUGGACUGAAGCACCCACGGCAGUAACUAGAAAGGCAUUAGCUGGUUAUGUCUGCUGUUGAUGUAUUGUUAGGCAGCAUGUGUGGUUGUGGUGAAUGAAAGGAAUCCUUGGAUACUUGGGGGUUAACAAAUAUCAUGACAUUCUACUACUAGUGAUUUAGACAUAUGGCUGAAGAAUGUAUCAUGUUUAACAUUUCAUAGCUUGCAUAUUGAGAAAAUAUUUGAGUUGCAUAAUUUGAGAAUAUUAUGCAACAAAGAAAUUAAUUAGAAAAUUCUUAGAAAUUCAGUAUCUCUGUAAAUACAUCAUGUAAUGUAGUGGCACCUGCAGCAGGCGACCUGUACUUCAUCCAACAUUGGUGGCAGGGCAGCACAUGCACAAAUGUACCCCAAACUAUAUAUAUCAUGUACUUCCAUGCAAGACGUGCAGUCACUUCUGAAUCAUAGAGUGCAGCAGUCAUGUUUUUCAAAAUACUUUAAAUAGUAUAAGCAAUGAUAGAGCUUGUCACACUUGAAGCAUGAAAUUUUAAUGAGAAUAAAGAAAGUGACUGAGCAUGCUAUACAUUGUUGUGUAGUAGAUGGCAAGAUUAUUUGUGUAAUGCUACUGUACCAAAUAUGGAAGGUUGGGUGCUACUCGGUGAACCCUUAUCAAUUCCUGUAACAGUAGGAUAUGGCAGUGAAGAUGUGGUGUAGCAAUUAGUGCCUUAGUGCCCUCACCCACUCAUCUCAAGCAAGAACAACCUGGGUUCAAACCCUAGGUUGGAACAAUUGGGCACCGUUCCUUCACUGUUUGUCCCUAUAAGUGCAGCAGUAAUCAGGGGUCAGGAAUGUAAAAUGAUUGGCAGACCAUGUUCUGGGGGAAAACUUUACAUUGAACAGUCUAACCAGGCUUAAAUUUCAACAUAAACAAAAAGAUGGGUAAAAAGACAAUCUGCACGUACAUGUUAGUGCACGUACAUGUUAGUGCACGUACAUGUUAGUGCACGUACAUGUUAGUGCACGUACAUGUUAGUGCACGUACAUGUUAGUGGAGAUAACUAAACUCGCAAGUGGAAUAUUGUGUUUUUCCAAAAUUUAGCUUUUUUUGUAUUUUUAUUAAAUGUGUCCUAAGAUUAAGUAAUCAGAAAAAACUGUCUAGAUCACAAACCAAAAGCUGACCAACAAGCAAGUUUUUAUUUUGCAAGUUUUUGCAAUAUAACACAUUUUUGGGGGAAAACUUUGAGUUAAACUACUUUAAUAAAAGCCCACAUAAUUGUGAUACUGUUACUGUACUAUUAUGAUUGUGUAGAAAAGGAGUCGCAAUAAUGUGGCCGAGAUAUGUUGACCAAACCACACACUAGAAAGUGAAGGGACGAUGUUUCAGUCCAUCCUGGACCAUUCUCAAAUCGAUUGUGAGAAUGGACUCGAGAAUGGUCCAGGACGGACUGAAAUGUUGUCGUCCCUUCAUUUUCUAGUGUGUGGUUUGUUCACGAUUGUGCACAUAUUAAGAGAAUUCAUAUUUCAACACAAGACAUAAACCAGUACAGUAUAGUAUAUUACUCCACAUUGUCAUUAGUUGAAGAACAGUACUGUAUACCCAGGACAUAUGUCAAGAAUUAUGAAGCCAUGUUAUGUAUUGCAAAGGUUAAGUAAAAAUCAUGUUCCCAAAUGCAAUGGAAAUAAUUUGCAAUUGCUACUGUAUUGGUGGAAAUACUAGGCACAGAACAUGAUACUGUAAAUGGAAUAAUAAUAAUACAAAAAUAAUCUAAAGGUAAACACCAUGCUGCAGAGUUAAGGAUUUUGACAUUUUUUACCUUGUGAUGUGCUGAGAACUGGUCAUGGUCAUGAAACACUAAAGUUGUUACUCUUUGAAAGGCUGCCAUAGUGUAUGCAAGUACAUGACACACAGGGUACCACUUGGUGCAUUCUGUGAGCUCUAGUGCUAGGACUAAUAUGCCAAGAAAUAUAUAUAAUUGUUAUAUAUUUUAGUCCUACAAAGUACUAGUGACAAGGCAUAUGUCUAAAUUCACUAGCCGUAAUUCUUGUGCAAUUUUGUGGCGGUUGGUAUUGAUAGUAUACUCUGAAGCAUAUUUUAAUUCUAUCUAGAAUAUUUAUUUUUAGAUACCAGAUACAGUUAGCUAUUAUCAAAUGAAAAUAUCUUAUCCUUAAUCAUUGUAUUUAUCAACAUUUCAUGUUCCAUUAUGCACCAUCAUGUUUUUAUCAAUGAAACUUGUUCAGAGCUGACCCAUAUCACUGAGGCUUGGUCAGUGCUCCACAUGCUCAACUUUGGACUCGGUUUUUUAUAUUUUGAGGGAUCUGGGGAGAGGAGAGACCAUUCCUAUUUAUAUAUUCUAUUACUAUAUAAGAACAGGAAUAUGUUAUUAAAAGGGAAGAGACAAUUUUAGUUUCCAUAACAAAAUAAGAAAAAGCUAUAAAAAUAGUUUAGUUUUUCAAAUACAAUCCUACAAAAUAUUUUUUGCUAUUAAUGAAUUGUAUAAACUGCUCAGAAAUAAUAAUUUACCCAUACCAUACUGUGCAGCAUAUCUUCAGUAUUUUGACGAAAAGAAUUUGAAUUGGUCCAGGCAUUUCACAUAAUACUAGUAUUGAGAAAUUUCUUUAUUUUAUAUACAAUAUACAUAACUCAUGCAAUUUUUAUUAAAUUGAUAGAUUCACUAUUAUUAAAGUUAAUGUGUUGAAGGUAAGAUCUCAACACAGGUAAGAACCAGUGUUGAGAUGUCUGAACACCAAGGUUUUAGUUACUGUUAUUUACAUAAGAAUAUUGAUCGGUGGUAACGGAUGUGUAGUGGUCGAGCCAAGAGAGUUCAAUCUAAAUUUGGACCUUUUAAAUUAUGUAAUGGUGUAGAUAUGUAAUGAAAACCUCUGUGAUUAUGGUUAAAUCCAGUUCAUAUUAUUUUAACAAUAAGAAGUGCAGUCCAACUUCCAGGAGGAACUAAUGUUUUGUUCUAUAAAGAAUGAAGGUUAAGCUUUUUGUCUUAAUUGGUUUUGGCAUGUUACUUUGUUCCAAUAUCCUGGAUGAUUAUUAUGUUUGCAUUUGUAAAUAAAAUGAUCCUAAAUAUUAUUUUUGCAAAUCAAAUGCAGCAUAUGCUAAUAUUAAUUUUAACUACACAAAAAAAAAAUUGAUACUCUCCUUUUCUUUAAAAACCUAACAUAGACCUUGUGCCAACAAUGUUCAUUCAUUAGAUCCUCUCAUGCAAUAUUUAUCUUUAUUCAGUCUAAAGGUAUUGUGAAGUCUUUUCUAGACCAUUAUUAUUAUUAUGCACUCAAUGCAAUCAAAAUAUUUUCAGAUAUUCUGCAGGAACCUUGCUAGUGUAUGUGUAUUAUAUCUAAACUGAUGAAGAAUGAACAUUAAGUGUAAGGAGCUACACCCAAGCCUCAGAAUAUUGUUUGGAGGUCUGAUUUCAUCCAUCAUUAAAAUAUUCAUCUACAUUUCAUACAGGAUCAUCAACCUUAAUAUUUCUCAUCAUGUAAAGCUUGUGAUUCACUAGUUAUAUUCCUUGUAAAUGACUAUAUUAAUCAAAAGAGCAGAUUAUUUUGUUGCAUUUAAUACUGUACUGUACAAGUGAAUGAUACCGACACCUUGGUCCAAUGUACUGUCCAGCAGGGGACCUAUAAUGAAUUACGGAGGUAAUUAUAAUAAUUUAUAAUAAUGCAACAAAAGUAUAUUCCUCAUUGUUGAUUCUCGGGCCACAAGUAGUGACCUUGUAGUGUUAUUAUGUCUUGAACAUUAACAAUACAUUUCUGUCAAAGCCUGAUACAUUGUAUAUGUAACUAAAAUAUAAGAAAUCCAUGCAAGAACAGGAUUUAUCAUAUAGUUAUUUGUUAAACACUGAUUAUUAUGCAUUUCUACAUUAAUUGCUAUUGCAAACUCAACACCAUUGCUCCCAAACUUUUGUCAGUAAUUUAGCACAUUCCUUUGGCAUCAUAACAAUUAAGUUAUCUUUGUUUUGUUAGAAAACAAAUGAAACAUGUAUACCCAAAAACAUUUUUGUACUGUACGUAAACAUUACUUUCAAUUAUACUACUCAGAAAUACACUGUAUUCCUUGAUGUUAUUUUUUAAUGGGAAUUAAGUUUGUACUAAUUUCGAUCACACUUCAGCCAUUGAUGGAAAUGUAUAUCGAGUGUCCAAAACAAUACCAAAUUAUAUCCCUACAAUAAAUGCCAUGUUUCUGUGCUCUUUUACACCUUGACUAUGCCAUCAACUCACUUUCUUGGUUAUGGUCAGACUGUCAUGAGGAGACACUUUAGCCAUAAUGUGCAUACAUCUUGAUCACACAAUGGUGUCUAGAACCCUAAACAUCCCAUAGGCAUGCCCUAUGUUUCUUAGGGAUCACUUGUUAACACUUAUUCUAAUUUGAAAAUAAAAAAAAUUUACAUAUUUGAAAAAAUAAAGAAAAACUUCAUUUUUCAUAUUUAUCAUAUUUGAAAAUAACAAAAAUCAUUUGGCCUGUUAGACAAAUUGGACUUUGCCUACUAGGCCAGUGUGGUUCUGGCUAUUAGGCACAACAUAUAUACAUACAAUGCUGUGAUAACAGAUUGAUAAAUGCUGGAUAAGGAUUCAGUUGGAAAGUCUUCAGGCCAUUAUUAGGACUAUUGCCACCCUCUUUGCAACCAUGCCAUUGUUAAAACUAAAUAUGAUUUGAGUCAUAAACAAGGGUGUUGAAACAGGUGACUCUUAACCUGCCUGGGAGUUAAGUGCUAACCAUUACGGCUGGUGUCGUCCUGCUCUCAUUACUUUUGGUCCCAUAUAUUGUCUCAAGAGAAUAUAGAGAAAGCACAAAUUGAAGAUUAUGGUCUUAUUCUAUGGGUAAGAUAAAAGGCUUCAUUAAAUGUACUUUAUUUGAAAUUUGCCUCCCGGUUAUAUGCUUUAAGUGGUGUAAUACACUUGUUGCCAGUGUUUACACGCAGCAUAUUAACACUGGCUCUAGGAUAACAUUAUAUUACACUUCCCACAUUCACUUUUUCAGACACUAAAAUAUAUUGUAGCUUUAUUUGAACUUAAAUUACAACUCUGAUGUGUUAUUAUAAAUCUGAAAAUUUCAAAAUGUGUAUUCAUGACUGAGUUGCACUGUUACUUUCCUACUGGUAAUACUGAUAAACAAAAUUUAGUUUUGAAAUCAACGAAUGUAGUUUUUAUGUACAGUAAUUAAUAAGUUGGCAAGUAUUUCCGAUUGGUCACUGUAAUUUGUAUUAUCUUUUCAAAUACCAUAAAAAAUGUCUAGUCAAAUGUAAAUGCAAAGAAUGAAAUGUUUCGAGAAGUUAUCAUUAAGAUUGAGCAUGACCAAACUGAGGAAGCUAAUGUUAAUAAAUAUGUUUAUCAGUAGUACUGUUAUCACAGCCAGUUAAGUUAUAAUGUCGCCUUAUGUCUUACACAAAAUGAAGCCAAUAUUGUUGAAUAUAAAUAUUUCUAGUAGAAAUUAACUUUUUGUUCUGUGAUCAUUUAAAACUAAAAGUUGGUUGUUCAGUGAUGUGUAUGUGCCAGUAGACUUUACAGUGGAAGAUCUUAUUUUGACCAUUUAUUUAUAUUGUCAAACAAUGGGCAUUUUCAACAACAUUUAUUUUGGUAGGUAAGUGAUUUGUUAUAUUUACUAUAAAUACUGUAGUUUUAAUGAGAUUUAUCCUACUGUAGUAUCUCUCUGAUUGAAGCCCAUUGUACUUUUAUUUUCUAUACUGUCCUUUCACUGGCUUUUUAGGUGUAAAGAGCUCUACGUUUCUGUGUUGAGAGUCUAGUAAAUGGCUGUUAGUA